AUGAGUCGGACUAGACGUCAAUGGCUAGGCUAUUUCCUGGCACUGAUCGCAGUGCUUCUGAUUUAUCAACACAGCCGACCUUCGUCAAAUGGUCAAAAUACCGAGUCGGAAACGCCAACCCCAAUUGCCAAUGACGAUACCGACACCUCAGAUUCACUCAAUCCCAAACCACCCAAUCCCGACCUUUUGACCCCACCAAGUGAUCAAUUGCAGCCUGGGAAUGAUCAAAGCCUCGAAUUCAUUUGGCGCUCCUUGCCCUUACGAUUCCCCGCUACAUCCAAUCUUUUUCCACCGAUCGAGUCGACACAAGGCAUCCCAAGGAUCCAAGGAUCCGAGUUCUCACCAGUUACAACUUGGUUCCAGAAAAGUAGACAGGCUGCUGUCAAGGACGCAUUUACAAGAUGUUGGGAUUCAUACAAGUCGUUAGCGUGGGAGGCGGACGAGCUUGUGCCCAUGAGCGGUCUGCCUCGCAAUGAUAUUGGAGGCUGGGGCUUGACGAUAGUGGAUAACCUGGACACAUUAUGGAUCAUGGGAAUGGGAGCGGAGUUUAAGGAAGCUGUUGCGACCGUUGUCAAAAUAAGCUUCGAAAAUAUACAGGCCCCAGAAAUCAACACCCACGAAAUCAACAUUCGAAUUCUCGGAGGUCUCCUGGGGGCAUUUGACCUAAGUAGCGAUCGCAGAUUACUGAAAAAAGCAAUCGAGGUUGGCGACAUGCUUUAUGCAGCAUUUGACACGCCUAAUCGAAUGCCGAUCAUCCACUGGGAUCCGCACAGAGCCAUACGACAAGAAGAGCAGAUCGCCGAAGAAAUGGCGUCUGCUUCGGAGCUCGGUGCAUUUAUACUGGAAUUCACUAGAUUAUCGCAAUUAACCGGUGAUCCGAAAUACUUUGACGCGGCGCAAAUGGUCAUGGAAAAAUUCAACCGACUGCAAGAUGUGACUAGGCUGCCAGGAAUGUGGCCCUUGAUUGUGAAUGCUCGAAGUGAGAAUUUUGAUGGGGACUUCUUUACAAUGGGAUUCGAGGAUUCAUUGUACCAAAUAUUGCCAAAAGCGUAUAUGCUACUUGGAGGUCAUAUGUCGGUAUAUCGCAAGAUGUACGAAAAGUCCACGCGGACCAUUGCUGGGCAUAAUCUCUUUCGUCCGAUGAACUCGCAGGGCAGAGAUAUUCUUCUUCCAGGAUCUAUCCAUGUGCAAAUGACUCAGAAUGGAAAAUCACGUACACAACUGGAAAGCAAGGUCCAUCACCGUGCGUGUUUCUCAGGAGGCAUGUUUGCACUGGGCGGUGCGCUCUUCAACAUACAGACUCAUAGAAAGAUCGCAAAUAAGCUGGUCGAUGGCUGUACCUGGGUUUCGCAAAAAAUGCCCCUUGAGAUCAUGCCCGAGGUAGUUGAAAUGGUACCGUGCUCUUCACAAACCGAGUGUCCAUGGAAUGAGCCCAUCUGGAAGCAACAAGUUUGGAAGAAAGUGAAUACUGGCCCAGAGCCGGAUCCUGAUAUGGAUACCGACAGAUACAUUAGUCAACAUCGCCUGCCCAAGGGGUUCGUUGAUAUCCCUGACAAAGGAUAUAAUCUGCGAUCGGAAGUUAUCGAAAGCAUUUUCACUCUAUAUAGAGUGAGCGGCCGAGAGGAUUUACUCGAUACCGCUUGGGACAUAUUCGAAUCGAUUCAAAAUGCCACCGAAAUCAUCAAUGGAAAUGCUGUUAUUGCCGAUGUGACGGUUCUUGACGAACAACCGGUUCAUAUUGACAGGAUGGACAGUUCUUGGAUGUCUCAAACUCUGAAGUACUUCUACCUUCUAUUUAGUGACCCGGGCUACAUAGAUCUGGAUGAGUACGUUUUCAACUCCGCAGGACAUCCUCUCAAGCGACCAAAAGAGGAAUCGACGCUUUGA